CAAAACAUAAUGCUGUACUAUUUUUGGCAACAGGGAAAGGGCCUCCCUGUGAAAACAGAAAGCAGUGUAUUUCUCAGUUACAUCACUUUGCAAUCUAAUGCUGUGUUGUGCUCAGUGUUUUUGUGGUGAUGCAAGUCUUUCUUUUUUUUUUUUUUCUUCCUUCAGCCGGUUGGAUUUUCCCCAUCUUACAGCACCUCGCAGGUCUCUUCUCUCAGCAGUACGUUGCCUGAGUGAGUGGAAAUACACAGAUCAGCUGCAGGUUUCUGUCUACAGAAACAGAGUGAAAGAGAAAGAAAAGGGUUGGGAAAGCAGAGACAAAUAUUGACCUGGACUUAUAGAAAGACAUCCAAUGGCUGAAUAAAGAACCCCUGUUCAUGUUUUGGGAUAUUCUUUCAACUGGCUGGAACGAGAGCGGAUCAAAAGAAUGGGAAAUGCCAGCAGACCCUUUAGAAGAAUUGCUUAUUUCUUAUGCCUUUUAUCUGUGCUUUUGCUGACUGAAGGGAAGAAACCAGUGAAGCCAAAAUGUCCUGCCUGGUGUACUUGUACCAAAGAUAAUGCUUUAUGUGAAAAUGCCAGAUCUAUUCCUCGCAGCGUUCCGCCUGAUGUUAUCUCACUAUCCUUUGUGAGAUCUGCUUUUACUAAAAUCCCAGAAGGGAGUUUUUUGCUCACACCAUCUCUGCAGCUUCUGUUGUUUACCUCCAACACUUUUGAUGUUAUUAGUGAUGAUGCUUUUAUGGGCCUUCCUCAUCUAGAAUAUUUGUUCAUAGAGAACAACAGCAUUAAGUCAAUUUCAAGAAAUACUUUCAGAGGACUGAAAUCUUUAAUUCACCUGAGUCUCGCAAAUAAUAAUCUCCAAUCGCUUCCAAAAGACAUAUUCAAAGGCUUGGAUUCUUUAACAAAUGUAGAUCUUAGAGGCAAUGCAUUUAAUUGUGACUGCAAACUGAAGUGGUUAGUGGAGUGGCUGGGCAGCACCAAUGCAACUGUGGAAGACAUUUACUGUGAAAGCCCACCAGAAUAUAAGAAGCGCAAAAUCAAUAGCCUCUCACCGAAAGAAUUUGAUUGUAUUAUUACAGAAUUUGAAGUUUAUCAGUCCCUGCCAUACCAAUCUCUGUCAGUAGAUACUUUCUCAUACAUGAAUGAUGAACAUGUGGUUAUUGCUCAGCCCUUCACUGGAAAAUGCAUCUUUCUCGAAUGGGACCAUGUAGAAGUGAUGUUCAGGAAUUAUGACAACAUAACAGGUACUUCAACUGUUGUGUGUAAACCCAUAGUUAUUGAGAGUCAGCUAUAUGUCAUUGUCGCACAGCUGUUUGGAGGCUCCCACAUAUAUAAAAGAGAUAUUUUUGCUAAUAAGUUUAUAAAAAUUCAAGAUAUUGAAAUCCUUAAAAUACGAAAACCCAAUGACAUUGAAACGUUCAGGAUUGCUGAAGACUGGUAUUUUGUCGUUGCAGACAGUUCAAAAGCUGGUUUCACCACUGUUUACAAAUGGAAUGGGAAUGGAUUUUAUUCCCAUCAGUCUCUGCAUGCCUGGUACAGAGAUACUGAUGUGGAGUAUCUUGAAAUAUCCGGCAAACCGCAUUUAAUUCUGUCAAGUAGUUCCCAAAGACCUGUAAUAUAUCAAUGGAACAAAGGAACAAAUGAAUUUGUUAAGCGUUUUGAUAUCCAAGACAUGGAAGAUGCAUAUGCAGUGAAACAUUUCAAGGUGAAAGAGGAUGUAUACAUUUGUUUAACAAGAUUUAUUGGGGACUCUAAAGUAAUGAAAUGGGGUGGUUCAGCAUUUCUGGAUUUACAAAGGAUGCCAUCCCGAGGGUCAAUGGUAUUCCAACCACUUCAGAUAAGUAAUUAUCAAUAUGCCAUUCUUGGAAGUGAUUAUUCUUUCACUCAAGUCUAUUAUUGGGAUGCUGAGAAAGCAAAAUUUGUGAAGUUUCAAGAAUUAAACAUACAGGCACCAAGAUCUUUCAUACAUGUCUCCAUCGAUAAACGAGAUUUUCUCUUUGCUUCAAGUUUUAAGGGAACUACAUUGAUUUAUAAACAUGUCAUAGUUGACUUAAGCGCAUGACACUCAUAAUUCUGAGAUUACAUCAGACUUUCUACCAUACGUGGACAAAAUGAACUAAAUGCAUGAUGACGCUCUUAUCUUACUUCCAAAUGAAUGCCUUUAAAAGUUGAGAUUGCUAGAACAAAGUAUUACUAGUAUCUUCAUCUUUAAUUGUCAAGUCUAGUGGUGUUGGAAGUUGCAUUUUUUAACAAAAAGAAAUUAAAUUAACUGUUCUUUGCAUCCACAGUAUGUAAAUAUGUCUGCAACUGCAUCUGUUGCUAUAAAGAAUAUUAAGAUGUACUUUUCCAUUUAUUUAUUCACCUGUUUGAAACAACUGCCAAAUAAAAUGUUUACAUUUUGUGUCUUUCACAUUCCAAAUAUUAUUUGCAGGUUAUAGUUUUAUUUGUGUAUAUGUUAUACACAUAUAAAAUAAACCCAAGAAAGUAUGUUGCCCAAUGCUGAGUUGUACUGCAUUGAAGAUGCACAGUAUGAUCAGGUGGGUUUUACAUAUACAAGAAGUUCUUGAUGAAAAUGCAAUAUAGAAUCACAGCCCUAUAAAUGGUAACCUGAACACAUCUUUGCGUUUAGAUGAAGAUUCACUCAUUCAAACUGGACUCCAUCCAGAAAAAAUUGUUCAAUUAUAUAGACCCAGUUGUAGGAUGGGGCUUUGUACUGUGUGUAGUUGAAAGUAUCUAACUGUUGAAAAAAAAAUGACAGAGAAAUCAUCAGCAUGAAAGCUGAUGUGAAGGUCUUUCUUCCUCCGCCUCAUGUUGAAGCAGCACAGAAUGAAUCUCAGGUAUGACACUUGGGCUGUCGUGCUGAAAGCUAGAAGCACAGAUUAUUUUGCAGCUAACAUCAUUUCUGUAUCUGAGCUGUCACUUAUCACUUGUGUGAUUUCUGUGUAUCACUGUCAAAUCUUUCCACUCUAAUUGCAAUUAUUUAACAUUCAGUGAACUUCUCCAUUAUUCUGAGUAAGGGUAGUGAAAGUGAAAUAGUUUUUUCCAAUAUCCUUCAAUGAAAUUUGGUAACAGAUACUCCUGAAAUAACAGGAAUUUUGAAUGUGGCAAAACAAAUUCAGUUGGUGUAACAUCUGAAGCUCCAAGGAAGUUACCUAUGUCUGUUAAAUUACACUCAGGAAGACUGUGCAAAUUGAUCUUGAAGUUAUCAAGCCUUGUGCUUCACUGCUGUCUUUAAGAUAUACACAUAAACACUAUGUAUGUUUAUAUACAUUUCUAAUAUUUCUCACACUGAUUGGUAAAUAAGAUUUACAUGACGCAUGUCAGCUAAUGACACAAGCUGAUUCUGCAAGCUUGCAGGCUCCCUUUACUCAUAGAGAUCCCAAAAUGGCAGAGCAGUUUCAGGCUUGGUCGCUUUUCUUUUGCUUAUGGUGCUGCUAAGAGCAUCUGUUAGAACAGCAGACAAAAAAUCAUUAAGAAAAAAUGCAUAUAACAUAUACUUAAAGAAGCCAACCCUGAGCAGAGUGCUUCUAUAAUAAAGAAUAGCGAUUUUUUUACAUUAAAUAUUAUAAAAAAAAAAAAUAUCCUGUGUGAACAAUGCUACUCUGUUAUUUUUUCUGAUGCCUUUUUAUCCACAGCUUACUAUGCUUUCAUCAGUAUUUGUCUUAAAAAUACUUACUGCAUAUAUACUUAUAGUGUGACUAGAAAGAUUUUAAAGAUGUUGCCCAGUUGAAAGCACCUCCAUUUUAUUACCAAGUUAUAUUUCCAAAAACCAUCCUGAUAAAUCAUCACUCACUUGACAAGCUUCCUUCACAAGUUCUUAGCUUUUAUAUGAGCAUGAUUUCCAACCCCAGAUGAAUCUAAAUAACUUUGUAUUAUUUUGGAAUGUUGGCUGCACAAUGGUGAUUGCCGGCUUAUUUUGUUCAUCUUACAUUGUCUCUUCUUCAAUCCACCUUGCAUGGCAAAGGAAUGAUCUACAAUCUAACAGUAAAUCAUGAAGUGUUUUCUACUUCAUUUUGUUCUAUGUUUUGGUCUUUUACUCAAGAUCCUAUUGAAUUAUGUGCACUGAUUUUGAUCUGAUUUCUCCCAUUAUACUUGCCUACAUGCACCCUCUAUCAAAUUAUAUAAAUAAUGGCUAUGUAUCUGUCUCAUUAUGGACAUAUUUUGGACAUCUGGCUGAAUUUAAGUGGAGUUAGAUAACCUUGCUAAUCUGCCACCAACAUCUAUUUACAAACUGUGUAGUAUCUUUUGAACCCUAUACUGCAAUAUAUUGCUUCACAAUUUUACCUUGAGAAGGUUAUGUUUCAUGGCACUAUAGAGACAACAAGCUAUAUGCCCUAUGCUACAGUAGUGCUAUAAUUUUUUUUCAUGACUUAACCUUUUCUAAAAUAACAUGAUGGAUUUAUGGGAAUUCAGUUACUCCUGAACUUGAGGAGUUGAAAAGCAUGAAAGAAUAUGAGCCACUAGAAUUUUACAUUCCUGAUAUGAAUGAAACUAGCUACAGUACAGUAUAGGAUGAUACAGGAUUUAUCUGCUGAAGUAUUCAACGGAAUUAUUAGUUUGGUUGUUCCUUCACAAAAUUUUACCUGUGGUCAAGCACUAAUAAUUCGGGACAUUUUUGAUGCUUAUGUCAUUUUUGGAAAGUCAACAAAUCACUAUAAAAUGCUAAAUCUAAAUCUCUUUUCUUCUGAAAAUCAUGCUCUACAGGCAACUGAUGUCAGGCAUAGAUUCAAAGGGACUACAGCUGCUUUGUUGUUGUGCAUGUAGAGCAUUUAUUGUACCCCAUAAGGAAUUGGGGUAUUUUUAGAACAGUGCUCAUGAUAGUUAAUCCUUAAUGUAGAAGAGCAUAAAGGCUCAUUAGGAGGCUCUCCAUGGUGUCUCUUCCUAACUUCAGAGACUGAUCAUUUUAACAACUCUGAGUAUAAGGCCAUAUCCCACCCUGGCUCUGUGUUCAGAAUUCCUCCUGAGGUCAUUGAAAGCCCCAGGCAAAAACCUAAAAUAGGGUCUUUUACUAUAUAUAUGUUUACACUUUUUUAAAAAACAUUGUUUAAAAAAAGAAUCCCUUUCUUACAGCCCAGGGUAUGUUACUGUGGCUGCCUGGUUGUCUUCUGUGGUUGUAAUGGAUUUUCUAACCUCCCUAAUCAUUUUGUUUAUGACUGACAGAAUAUGUAAAGUACUAAAAGUACUACAGAAGACAAUAUUGAAGUUUAUUAAUGGAUGCUGCUGAUCCUUAAUACAGCUAAGUCAUGUUAAUGUCUAAGACAGAAACAACCGUUAAUGGAAUUGUAUUGUAUUCCUACAACUACUAUUAUAUUUUGAAAGGAGCACAAAUAUAAAAGACUAUACAAUUCUCUGCUCUGAAAGUGAUAUAUAAAAUACAUUCAGAAUAUCUGAUACUA